UCUAUCAACAGCUGGCAAAUAGUGGUAAAUCCUCCAUCAAACGUCAGAGGCAUACGGGUCGCAAAAUUCGCAAACGGUGUGUGUAAUCAUUCCGCGUGAGCUGAAGCACGAUUUUUUCGUUAUGCCACUGUAGUCGUAAAUUUUCGUUGCUUCAGUUUGCCGUUAUAAUUUUUCUUUCGAUAUUUGUCGUGACACCACUUAUUAUUAUGUUUAAGAAUAUCGUGGUUUUGUGUUUGACUAUUAUAUCGGCAAAGGCUGCAAGACCUCACGAUGAACCUUGGUCUCGAAGGUGGUUUCCCCAUAACCCCAACGAAGCCGAUCCUAAUCCCGUGGUGACUGUCGGUGAUAACAAAAAUCUGUACGAUCCUCAUCACGGUAUCGCAAUGGGUGUCGUUGACAAGAGUUGCGACGAUGGGAAGACAAACUUGCAAAUGGAUUGGUAUAUGAAUGUUGAAAAUUAUACUUGUUACGACGAUAAAACAACCUAUUUACCUCAGGCAACCAUCCACCCGAUCCACAGUGUAGAACAUAUACCGACCUCUUACAGUGCGCCGCACAAAUGUUUAAAUGAGUCCAUAGAUUAUAACGAAGUUAUUCCCACUUUCGGUAGUCAUAGACCUUUGUGGGCCAAGUACGGCGAAUAUACGUUUCUGCCCAGGCAACGAUGGUUACAUAACUUGGAACACGGAGCCGUGGCCAUGUUGUACCAUCCGUGUGCCAACAGAAACGAAGUAAAUAUCGUCAAGAAAAUUAUCAAGUCUUGUCUUUACAGACACGUCAUCACGCCUUACAAUUUGCUCACACCAAACAGGCCCAUUGCCUUAGUAACCUGGGGGCAUCGCUUGGAACUGUCCAAAACGGCCCCGGAAGUCGUGGUCGAUUUCAUUCGGAAACACGCGCUAAAAGGUCACGAGAAAACACCCAGAGAUGGCCAGUACGGCUUUAUGCUCGAAGAACACGCGUCGAUCGUUUCCAAUAUUGACGACGAAACUUUAUGCCCGAAACAUAACGAAAAUGGAAUUGAAAUGAAGAAAUAGGAAUAUCCUGCAAUUCCUUACAUAAGCAAAUGAUUUUUUUGAUUUGAACAAAUUAGGCGAAUGCGUAAGUCCAAUUUCGCACAAUUCGAUGUUUUUCGGUUACUUUAUUGAGCAAACUCAUUAUGCCACUCCUAAUCGCUUAGGGAUUUUAGAAUCCAUUUUCGGAGGAAUGUGAUAUUUAAGCUAAGAUUUAUACGAAAGUUGCUGUGAGUUGUUGGCUUAUAUAUGUCUAAAUUAUAAGGCAAGAAGAAUCCCGACAUGUCGUUUUUAUAGGUCAGGCUAUCCAGUUCGUUGAGAUGUAAUAUUUUAUUUGGUUGGAGAGAGCUAGAUCGUAAAUUCGUUACCAAAUGCAAAUGCAAAUUUGGAAGCAAUGGGAUGCAUGAGUACUUUGCAAUUUUCAUCCUUUUGCCAACAACAAAUUUUAUAAACGACACUUUCGUUUCAAUAUAUACUUUAAACAUCCGAAACCAGAAACAGUGACUAUACCGGAUCAGUGCAUAAUUGGACAUUUUAGAGCUUAAUAUUAAUUAAAGUAAACACAUCUAGGAUAGGAUAUAGCAAUCCUAAACAAGAACAGAGUUUUAUAGUUGUCUUCCAAGAUUUUGUAUUUUUUUGCAUGGUUAUUUGCAAGAGUUAAAAAAUCAUUAAGUGCAAAACAUAUGGAAGCUAUGGAUGACGCAACUAUUUAAGUAACAUGUCCUAAAUUUUUAAAGACAGUUAUUUAGAUACAUCAAAUUUUUGACUUUCCUCUAGGAUUCGCACCAGUUUGUUGCUUACCACCUCAAUUAUUAGAAACGACUAAAAGUUCCUCAAUUUCACCGUGAUUCCUAAUCAAUUACAAAUAAUAAAAUAAUAUUCGUUCAAGUUAAGAGUUUAAUAUAUUCGAGACAAAGUUUUGAAAAAAAUGAAUGUCCGAUGGUUAUUACUUUGUAUAGACCUUUAUUUAUGGUAACUGAAAUACCCAUCACUGUCAGCCAAAAACAUUGGUUUGUAAACUAGUUGAAGGUUAUUUCAAAAGUGUAAAAUAAUGUCGAGAAAAAGAUACCAUUUAUUUUUUAACAAAUUGGUACCUUUGAAAAUGAAAUUAUAACUUUAUAAGUGACACUUUGGUUAUGAGUAGUUUCAAUAUAUACUGUAAACAUCCGAUCUCCACCAAACCUUAAACUAAAGAACCAGAAACUGUGAGGAUGCCUGAUCAGUGUAUAAUUGGAAAUUGUAGAACAUAAUAUUGAUUAAAAUAAACACAACUAGGAUAGGAUAUAGCAAUCUUAAUAAGAACAGAGUUUUAUAGUGGUUGGUCAAGAUUUUGUAUUUUUUGUAUUUGUACAAGAGUUAAAAAAUCAUUAAGUGCAAAACAUAUUCAAGUUCCAACAGGGACGCAAGGGGUGUCAAUGAUAUCAUAUCCUUUUAUUUGACUUUAUUAUAAAAAACUAUAUAAGUAAAAUGUCCUAAAUUUUUAAAGACAUUUAGUUAGAUAAGAUAGAUCUCGCACCACUUUGUCGCUUACCGCCUCAAUUAUUAUAAACGACUAAAAGUUCCUCAAUUUCGCAGUGUUUCCUAAUCAAUUACAGCGACGAAAAUCAAAUCAACCGCUACGAAAAUUGUGUUCCAAAAUAAUAAAAUAAAAUUCUUUCGAGAGUAGUUUUAUACCCAUUUAUAAUGACGUUAUUUUUGUGUAAUUGAUUCCAGACAUCGGUCGUAACAAAGUUUUGAAGAAAAAUGAAUGUCCGAUGGUUAUUGAUUUUUAUAGACCUUUAAGGUUUCUGAAAUAUCCGUCACUGUCAGCCAAAGACGUUGGUUUGUCAACGAAGGUGAUUUCAAUGUUAUUUAUUUUUUAAAAAAAUGCUACCUUUGAAAAUGAAAUUAACUCUGCGCAAGGAAUGCCUUAACAUUCACAAGGUAACAUGAUAUUUUUGUCCAACGCCGUAUGGUGAAAAUGACGCUGUUAAUUAGCAACCUGUAAUUCGUAACAAUCAACGGACAUACCUUUUUUGCAAGCAGCAUGACGGUAUGUCAAAUGGAUGACUAGAGAGUGUGAAUUUGGAGAUCGAAUAUUUUUAAUUUACUAUUCUGUGCCAAAGAUAGAGAUAACGAUAGGUAACAUAUUAGUUACGUAUACAGACAUAAACGGCCACUAAAUUAUUUAGUCCUACAUGUUUUUGUGGUAAAAUUGUUGACCUAAACACGUGUUAAUGCUUAGUUAUUGUCGUUAGCAUAGUGGUUAUAUUUUAUGUAUGUUUUCCCUGAUAAGUAUAGAAAUGUUAACUAAUAUUAUAUAUGUUGGAAACCGUAAA